AUGGAUAUUCAACACCAAUUCCCUACUGUGCAUUGGAUUUGGAGGGGAGGAAUCUCUUUUGUUUACGAGGUCCAUCCUCUAAUUGUGGUCAAGGUCCCGAAAUCUGGAGAGUUUGAGAGGGAGCAACUCCAUAAAGAGGUAGAGAUAUAUCGAAUAUUUUCACAAAAUCGGCCUUGUCCGUCUAUCGUGCAGUGUUUCCUCUUUUCAGACAACGGCAUCUUCCUCGAGUACAUGAGAGGUACGACCCCUAUUGACAGCAAACAAGCUUGGCCACUAAUUGCUCUAAUAGACAUGUCGCUUUCUUCUAGGAUACAAAAAAACCAUAUUCGAGACCAGGAAACCAUGGUGGUCACACAAGUGGAAAAGUUGGAACCUCUGCCCUUGCGAAAGGAAUGGAUGAACGAUCUCGCCGAAGCUGUCGCUUUCCUGGAAUCACUCAACCUCGCUCACGGAGACCUACGACCGGAAAACAUCCUACUUGAUCGCAACCGACUAAAGCUAUCCGACUUUGAUUGCACGGCCCAAAUCGGGACAAAUUACGAAGCAUGUAUGGCUCCAUAUGGCAGAAUACUUAAUAGCAAUGAGACGGACCAAGGAGAGUGUGGAACUUUCGGUUUCCUGAGCCCUCGGACAGAGCAGUUCGCUCUCGGUUCUUUGUUCUACUUCAUAAACUAUGGGUUUGAAGUUUAUGGGAAUCGAUGUCUUACUGAGGAUCCAUACGAGCAUGGUCCAAAGGUCGUGGACUUACUACAGAACAUGGAGUUUCCAAAAUUGGAUGGCAAUCCACUGAUUGACAAUAUCAUCGACAAGUGCUGGCAUAACAAAUAUGUCACGGUUUCACAGUUGGCCGCGCACACAAAAACGCUUUUGAAUGAAAGAACUGAUGCGGCAGGAAUGACAACCCCCAUCGAAUCAUCCUCCCUCGUCUGGUGGCGUGUGGUUAUGGGCCGCGUAAUUCAUGGGUUAUGGUAUGGCCUUGGUAACUCGUGGACGUCGGUAUUACGCAGCACCAACGGCGAGGUAACAAUCACUGAGCGAGCUAAAGACGACAACUCUGAUGACGUGGAUAAAAACCUGGGGGAGGAAUUUCUUUAUAAAAAGGGUGUCUGCAUAGACUUGGAGAGGCGUGGACUUCUUCGUCUACUUUGUUCAGGUGAGCCUGAGCAAAUUGGGUUUACUUUUGACUGGUAUAGACACAGUCUCUGA